AUGGCGAUCGCUCCAGGUACCAAUACGGUUGCUGCCAGCACUGGCAACAGUUCAGGCCAAGGACGAAAGGCUUUCAAGAAUGCUGAGAAACCGAUGGAAGUUCGAUUGAGCAAUAUGACAGCGGCAAAAGCGAUCUCGGACGCAAUUAGAACCUCGCUUGGCCCUCGAGGGAUGGACAAAAUGAUUCAGACUGCCGAUGGAAAUGUGACGGUAUCGAAUGAUGGGGCCACUAUCCUCAAAUCAAUGAGUGUCAUGCACCCCGCUGCUAGAAUGCUCGUGGAACUUUCGGCUGCCCAAGACGUAUCUGCUGGUGACGGGACGACUAGCGUGGUCGUCCUCGCAGGGAGCCUCCUAGGCGCGGCUGAAAAGCUAUUGGCCAAAGGAAUCCAUCCAACCAUCAUUGCUGAGAGCUUUUCACGUGCAGCGAUCAAAAGCGUAGAAUUUCUCGAAGAAAUUUCUACCCCGGUUGAUCUUAAUGAUCGCGACUCUCUACUUCGCGCCGCAAGCACUUCCUUGAACUCUAAGAUCGUGUCACAAUAUUCUUCUAUUCUGGCACCGAUUGCAGUCGAUGCUGUCAAACGAGUAGCCGACCUAGAAACCUCCAGCGUUGAUCUGAAAAACAUUCGAAUCAUCAAGAAGGUUGGUGGAACCAUCGAAGAUACCAGCUUGGUCGACGGUAUGGUUUUGCGCCAGAGUGUUACCAACAGCCAGGGAGGUCCAUCGAGAAAAGAAAAGGCUAAGAUUGGCUUGAUACAAUUCCAAUUGAGCACACCCAAGCCAGAUAUGGACAACGAAAUUAAUGUCACUCGAUACGGUCAAUUAGACAAGAUUCUCAAGGAAGAGCGACAAUAUCUACUGGAACUCUGCAAAACGAUUUCGAAAACCGGAUGUAACGUGUUGCUCAUUCAAAAGUCAAUUCUUCGGGAUGCGCUCAACGACAUCGCCGCCUUUUUCCUAGCUAAAUUCAAAAUAUUGGUGAUCAAAGAUAUUGAGCGGGAUGAGAUUGAUUUUAUUAGCAAAACUUUAGGCUGUAAGCCAAUUGCUGAUAUCGAAGCUUUCUCGGCGGAUAAGCUGGGCGAAGCUGACCUUGUGGAAGAGCUCAGUCUCAACGGCGCGAAGACCGUUCGGGUAUCAGGGAUCAAAAACCAAGGGAAAACUGCAAGUAUACUUUGUACGGCCGCUAACGAGCUGGUGGUCGACGAAAGCGAACGCAGUUUGCACGAUGCUCUUUGUGUGAUUCGCUGUUUGGUAAAAAAGCGCGGCUUGAUUGUCGGUGGCGGGGCACCCGAAAUUCAUGUCUCACGGCUCCUAUCUCAACAUGCACAAACACUCAAAGGGAUGGAAGCCUACUGUUUCCAAGCUUUUGCCGACGCUUUGGAAGUUAUACCUACCACGCUAGCGGAAAAUGCUGGUCUGCCAAAUCCAGUUGCGGUCAUUACUGAAUUAAGAAGCCGACACGCCGCCGGAGAAAGAACUGCUGGGAUCAAUGUGCGAAAGGGCUUGAUUAGCAACAUGCUGGAGGAAAACGUUCUUCAGCCGUUGCUUGUCUCAACUACUGCCAUCACAUUGGCCACUGAGACUGUGGGACUAUUGUUGCGAAUAGAUGAUUAUCACCCGACUAGGUGA